CUACUGAAACUACUGAAACUACUGAAACUACUGAAACUACUGAAACCAGUGAAACUACUGAAACUACUGAAACCAGUGAAACUACUGAAACUACUGAAACAGACAGCUCUGGCCUUUCCACUGCUUCUCACUCACCAACACCUUGUUGCAGUCAGCUGUUUUCAGUUGGCAGAAAACAGGUUGUGAUAAAAAGUGUGUUAAAUACAAAGACGCCUGAAGACGACGACGACUCUGAUGAAGCUUUUGAAAACACCAAACGAGGAUUAGUUCCAGAGUCUCAAAGGACCAGAACAGCGCCCUGGAGUCGCAAGGUGUCUCCCAUCACAAAUGAUGUUGAAGGCUCCUUUCUGCAUGAGAAUCCUGCAUCAAACACUGCAUCCAUUAAAGACAUGAAGAAGUUUUCAAUGGAGCUAGCUGACAAAAUCUUCAAAGGUCUGUUUGCUAGAAAUAAGUCUAAAAUCCAUCCAGCUUCAAUGGCAAGAAUUCAAUCUGCCCCUGCUGGUGUACGAGCUACUCGGCACAGAGAUCUUUUAUCUGUGACUCCAACAGAGGAAAUAAACAUCUCUGUGCCGUGUUCCCCCAAGGAGGAGGAGGAGGAGGAAGAGGAAGAGGAAGAGGAGGAGGAGGAGGAGGGGGAGGAAGAGGAAGAGGAAGAGGAGAAGGAGGAGGUGGUAGAGAUAGUGGUGGAGGACAUAGAGGACAUGGAGGUCAUUUCGCUUGACACUUCAGACGACGUUUUGGACGACGUGAAGUCGAUGCACUGUGUCAAUAGUCUGAUUUUAUACAAACGCAAAUUCACGAAGACUUCAGAGGAUAGUGAUGACUUUUACAUGAUCACUCCAGAAUCCUCUUUUGAUUCAUGGCCUAGUACCAGUUCGGAUUGCCCAUCUCCUACAACGGCAAGGUUGGCCGUGAACAUCACCACUGCUCUGUUCACGAAGAUCGCCAGAAAAGCCCCUCAGGAGGUCAGCCAGCGCCUUCAGGAGAUGGAUGUCAAUGCCAUCAUCAAGCGUCUAUCCGACAAGGUCAUGAGUGAGAUCGAGAUCCCUCGCUCUGCAGAGACCUUCAUGAAAAAACUCAAAAAGGCCGUGGUUGAUAGCCUUGACAAGGAAGUUUGCCCGAAGAAACACCUACUGCGGGCUGCACUCGCAGACGAAACAGCUUUUGGGGAUGCUAUUGUAAAGUAUCUGAAGAUCCAUCUGGAUGCCAUGCUCAACCCACCACCGAAGAGCAAAGCUGACAGAUUCUUUUCAGCAGUGGGAAACGCUGUACUCAAAACAUUCAACUGGUGCUGCAUCACGCCCUCUGAUGACUAAACUACCAUCUCCACCUUUUCCUCUGCCCCCCCCUGGCUUCUUUUAACAACUUGAAGCACAACGCAUUCAUCUUUAGGGAAACUGUCGGGUUUUCUCCGGGCACUCCGGUUCACCCACAACUCCAAACAAACAAAAAAAAAAUGUUCCUUUGAGAUGAAUGCCAUCAACCUUUCUCACAGCGGGCUUUGACACAGCAUGUGAUGUGUUCCUAUUAGGUGUGUGUCAGUAAGCUGCAUGAAUUUUAACGUCUUGAAGC